CCUUGCAGCUUUCCAAGGGGAAUCCAGAGGAUAGAAACACUGGGCCGAGGAAGGGAAUAAUUCCUAUAAAAUAUUGUCAGCCUAAGGCCGGUGACCCUCCAGAAGAUAUCACCUCUCGGGGACACUCAGGGAUCCCGAUCAGGGCUGCUGGGGAAGGGACUUGGUCUUCCAGGCAUUUGGGAAGCCCAGCUUUCUGACUUGGGGUGUCGGGUCUGAGGCCUGCGUGGACUGGGAGAGCUUGAGGCCUUUGCUUGAGAUCCCUAACAACCCACUGGAGGUCAAUGACAUGGAGAAAAGGGGUUACCAUAGCAAGGAAGGUGGGGCUUCUCCUAAGUCUCCAGGCCCCUAUAGGCAAGGUCAGUUGGAGUCUAGAUCAGGGAGGGGCUGGAAAGGUGAGCCUCUGACCUCACAAUAAGCCUGGAGUCCUGCACAUCCACCAUUGCGGGUCCUUCUAUGUCUCCCACCAGCCCGGGGCUUAGGCCCCGGCCUCCUGAGCGCUGCAGCAGCAGCAGUAUUUCCACUCCAGUUCCCCCCAUCAUGUCACUUCUCAGCAACUAUGAAGGCUUGAGGCAUCAAAUUGAGCGGCUGGUUCGGGAAAAUGAGGAGCUGAAGAAGCUGGUGAGGUUGAUUCGGGAAAACCAUGAGCUAAAGUCUGCCAUAAAAACCCAGGCAGGUGCCAUGGGUAUCAGUGGGAUCAGCAGCAUGUUCAACGAAGGAACGUCCGGCUCUACCCUUCAGACAACCGAUCGUACCUGUCCAACCGCAGGCCCAGUAUCAACAAAUGACCCUGGACUAGAUGAGUUAGGACUCUUAUCCUCAUUGGUUGACAUUCUGAAUUACUCCCAGUCCAGCUCUUCGACCAGCCCAGCAACCAGUCCUACCUCGAGCCCUAUAGGUGGUUCUUUGCCCUAUCCUCUAAAUAAUACAAUACCUGGCUCUGUGGCUGUUCUUCCAAACAAUCCACUGCUUAACUUUUUAGCUGGCAACCUGAAUAAUCCACUGGCUGGUUCCAUACCUGCAUCUCCAAAUGCCUUACUGGCAAAUCCUUUGCAGAGUUCUAGGGCUUGCCCUUCCACCAACCCAGUGACGGGCUCUGGAACUGUUUCUACAGCUACUGGUACUUCUGGCAACCCACUGACAGUGCCUCCCUCUGGCCCACUAACAGUCAUUCCUAUGACUGGUGCCACAAAUAGCCCUCCUACAGGUUCCCAUCCCCCAGUAACUUCUACAGGCAGUUCUCUCGAGGACUGUUCGACUGGGUCGAUGUCUGUCCCUCCAAUAAGCCCACUGUCGAGCUCAUUGUCAAACCCUCUAUGUGGGCCGAUGGCCGUCCCCCCAAUAAGCCCACUGUCGAGCUCAUUGUCAAACCCUCUAUGUGCUAGCUCUCCAAUUACUUCAAUGUCAAACACAUUAACAGGCGCUCUAAAUGACCCUCAAGACAAUUUGUUGCCCAAGCCUAGGGCCAACCACACGCUACUAAAUGAUCCCAGUCGGCCCCACUCCCCUUUGGAUGCAGGAUGUCACAGCCCUACAGCCUCAGCUGCUCCCUCUACCACGGUCCCCAAAGUCAUAAUUUCCACUGAGGGUAACAAAAUAACAAUGGGCUGGGAACCAUCUCUGGAUGUGAAGCCUUAUAACAUGGCAAUUGUGGGUCAGCCAAUCCAGACUUCCACACCCACCAUAACUGUUGGAACCCCCGUUGCAACUUUCUAUAGAUGCCCAGAAGCCUCAACACAAGGCAGUCCCUCUAUUGCUGCCAUGUCUUCUCUUUUGACCAGUGUCCCUCUACCUGGUACAAUUCCCAUAUCUACCCCUCCAGUUCCUGUUACUACCACUAGUUCCCAACCUGUAGCCACUGCCACCUCUCUUCACCAAAGUGCUCCCACAUCUUCCCCCUCAACUCUUAAUGCAGCUAUUUGCCAAGACACCUCCAAUACUUCCCAGCGCAAUAUUCUACAGCCUACCCCUCGUAAUGCCCUCGCUGCACAUGCUACCCUUUCUCUUCCACAUCCCUACCCUUCUCCACCACCACGUUCUUGCACCUCCUCUUCCUCUGCCAAUAAUGCCCGAGGGGCCCGUUCCUCAGAACCUCCAAACAAGAACCUCCUGGAGAUGGAGAGGAAGAUGGCCCAUCGGAAGACCUUAAAAGUCAACGAAACUCCCAGAGACCCUAAGCAGCUGACAUGGGAACGUCUGGUUGGGGAGAUUGCCUUCCAACUUGACCGACGAAUACUCUCCAAUAUCUUUCCUGAGAGAGUACGCCUCUAUGGCUUCACCGUCUCCAACAUCCCUGAGAAAAUUAUUCAGGCCUCCCUGAAUACUUCAAAUCACAAGUUGGAUGAAGAAUUGUGCCAGACACUCACUCAGCGUUAUGUGAGUGUCAUGAAUCGGCUGCAGAGCCUGGGUUACAAUGGGCGGGUCCACCCAGGGCUGACGGAGCAGUUGGUUAAUGCUUAUGGUAUCCUGAGGGAACGGCCUGAGCUGGCAGCCUCUGAAGGCGGCUGUUAUACCAUGGACUUCCUCCAGCGGGUGGUCACAGAGACGGUACCCCCCAGCAUGCUCAAUGAUGCUCUUCUGCUUCUCUCCUGCCUCAACCAACUCUCCCAAGAUGAUGGCAAGCCUAUGUUCAUCUGGUGACUGAGAUCUGCUAAACUCACGCUGGUGAACUACCUGUUAUUUUGUGCUUCCUUCAAAUCGAAUUUUCUGCUCUUCAGAUUGAGGAAACCACCCCUGGGCAUGGCCACUUAACCACGGGCAAGGUCCUUCCUAUCCCACCCCAGGUUCCCCACAUACCAAGCAAAGCUAUUAAAGCUAUUAAUUGCUAGGGAAGGAAUCAGUACUCUUGGGCUUUGGGUACCCAAAUUCUCAAUGGGGGAAGGUAAAGAAGGCAUUGAUAAAGUUACCAGCUGUCUCUCUCACCAUCCUCUCAGGGCUUGACAAUGGGAUGGGCUUCAGUAUUUAAAAGGUUUUUUUCCCCAAAGGUGCCUUUUAUACCAUUUUAUGCCUAACUAAACCCCACAAAGCCCCAGGCUGGGGGAUGUUGGCAGGAUGGGGAAGAGAAGAAAUAAAUGUCUUUAUGUCCUCUUA